AUGCCGUACGACUUCAACAAGCGCGACUCCUCCUGCUGCUCCUCCACCACGGCCAACUUCCCCAAGGCCCGGGGCGGCACCGCAACAACGCACACGACCACGAGCGCAGACAGCACAACAAAGACGACGACAACGUGGAUGACGCCGGACGGCACGGCGAUGCGAGUCGUCGCCAAGAAGACGCCUGGCGGAUCGAAAACGACGACCACCUUCGUCAUGACCCCGGACGGAAAUACGACGAGAGAGAUCACGCGGUCGAGUGGAGACACGGUAGUACCAGCAAAGCCGGCGGCGCGCCAUGCCGCCAAAUUCCAGGACGACGUCGACGACGACCACGAUAACGGCAAGAAGGCCACCAAGAAAAAGCAGGCGCCUGAAAUGGUUGACGAGCCGGUGACGACCGAUCAGCGCAGCAAGCGGCUUGCGGACUUCGAGGAGCGGAGGUUGAAGGAAAAGCAGCAGAAACAGAAGCGACGGCUUGCAAAGCCCAAGGAACAGGAGAAACAGAAGCAGACGAUGGCACACACGAAGCAAAUCGUGCAUGACGAUUGGCGCGGAUGGAGGGAAUAA